CACCUCUCCACAGCCAUGCGGUGCCCCCCACACAGCCACUACAGCCUGUGUGUGAACCCCUGUCCCGCGGCCUGUGCAGGUGUUCAGGAGGUAGUACAGCUCCCCACUCCCUGCGCUGAGGGCUGCGAGUGCGAUGAUGGAUUCUUCCCCGCCAAGGGUGACUGCGUCCCUGUGGACCACUGUUCUUGCUUCCACAAUGGCCUGUACUUCCCUCCUGGCCAGACUAUCCUCAUCAAGAAUUGCUCCUCCUCCUGUACCUGCCACCUAGGGGAAGGUGUGGCCUGUGUCCCCUUCAGCUGCCCUACGGAGGAGGUCUGUGGCAUCACAGAUGGAGUCCUAGGCUGUCGAUUGCAAGCCACCUUGGCCCCUGCCCCUAGCUCUGUGGCCCCACCGCUGGUUUCCCCACCAUUGCUCCCCAGUCCCAGUCCCCAGUGCCCAGAAAACUCCCGCUUUGUUCCCUGUGGGUCUGCAUGUCCAGCCACGUGUGCCAACCCCUCAGCCCCAGAGCACUGUAGCCACCCCUGUGCUCCUACCUGCCAGUGCCUGCCUGGCUACCUGCUGCAGGACGGCCAGUGCAUGCCCCCUGCACACUGCUCCUGCUUCCUGCACCAAGGCCGUACUUUCUGGACAGACAACUGUACUUGGCACUGCCACUGCCCAACCCUUGGGGCCCUGGUGAGCAAACUUCCCCAGUGUUGGCCUGACAAGUGCCACGGUCACUGCAAGGCCUUCACGGGUGGCUGGUACCACUGCCUGUCAGCCCAGUCCUCACCCAGUCCCACUGUCCUGGAGAAGCCACUGGUGUGCACUGCCUCUGGAGACUUCUACUUCCACACAUUUGGAGGAGCUCACUACGAAUUCCCUGGCUCCUGUGUCUAUCGCCUGGCGGGUCUCUGUGACACAGCCCAUGCCGACCUUGAGCCCUUCAGCCUGGAUUUGACCCCACUGCUGCGGCCACGUGGCUGGGCCAAGGCCCUGACCCUCUUAGCCUGUGGCCUGAGGCUGGACCUGAGUCCAGAAGAUCUCAACCACAUCCGGGUGGACGGAAUUCUGGAAUCGCUGCCCUUCUUUCACGGCCACUGCCUUCGUGCCUACUACCAAGGCCGCCAGCUCUGUGUAGACACGGACUUCGGCCUCUCACUCACCUACGACUGGGACAGCCUGGCACGUGUAACGCUGCCGAGGCCCUACGGACCCUACCUGUGUGGACUCUGUGCCCAAAGAGGCCCGAGCAGCCCCACGGUGCCGUUGCCCGACAUCUGGAAGGUGGCAGAAGUGCCAGGCUGUGGCCCAGUCUGCGGGCCCCUCUGCCACAAUCAGUGUCCAGUGUCCACGCGCACUCGAUUCGCUGGAGACGCGUACUGCGGGCUGCUGGCGGGGGCCGAGGGUCCCUUGGGGCCAUGCUACGCUGCGCUGGACCCACUCCCAUUCCUGGACAACUGCCUGGACGACGUGUGCCGCCACCACGGAGCCCGUCCCAUCGUCUGCCGAGCCCUGGCCGCCUUCACUGUCGCCUGUCAGGCUCUGGAUGUGCACCUGCGGCCGUGGAGGACGCCUGACUUCUGUCCGUUACGGUGCCCGCCGCACUCGCACUAUGAGCUGUGCGGCCCGUGCUGCCCAGCCACGUGCGCGGGCAGCGAGAGCCGCUCUGGCCGCGGCGCCUGCGGGAGCCGCUGCUGUGAGGGCUGCGUGUGCGACACGGGCUUCUUGCUAAGCGGCGCCGCCUGCGUGCCUGCGGCCAAGUGCGGCUGCUUUCGCGCUGGCCGCUACAGAGCUCUAGGAGCCGUCUGGUACCCGGGGCCAGGCUGCGCACGCCGCUGCCGCUGCCGCCCGGGCGGCGUGGUGACGUGCGCGCCGCGGCCGUGCGGGCGCGGGCGAGUGUGCGGCCUGCGCGGGGGCGUGCGCCGCUGCCUGCCCGACGGCCGAGGCAGCUGCGCCCUCGCCGGGACCGCGCACGUGCUCGCCUUCGACGGCCGCACGCACACGCUGCCCCCGCCCGCGCCUUUCUCUCCCGAGAGCUGCCUGCAAGUGCUCGCCCGCGCCCCAAGCCGGGGUCCCUGUUCCUUCAGCCUGGACGUGGCCCGCGAUGGGGCCGGGCUACUCAGUCUGCACCUCAACCUCUCCGGGCACCACCUGCAGCUAGACCGCGCAGUUGUCGGCUUCAUCACGGUGGAUGGUGAACACUGCCGGCUGCCCUGGGUACUGCCGGGGGGCAGGGCCUGGGCCACGUUGGAGGGCCGCCACGUGGUGGUGCACACUGCCUGUGGGCUGCAUAUCAUGUAUGACUGGGGCAGCCAGGUGCGCCUAACUGUGCCUUCCACCUUCCACGGCCAGCUGGUGGGGCUCUGUGGGGCCUUUGGUGACCAAGUUGGCUCCCUUGAUGUGCCUCUAGACACAAGAUCCUGGUCCAGGGGCCUGGUCACUAACCCCUGCCCACUGCCCCAGCCCAGUCUUGGCUUUAGCAUCAGCUGCCCCACGCAACUUGCCCAGAUCUUCGAUGCUCCCAAACUGUGUAGACUCCUACAGGCACCAGAUGGUCCCUUUGGCCACUGCCUGGGCCAUAUCAGCCCCAAGGCUUUCCUCAGGAUAUGCCUGCAAGACGUAUGUCAUACCCAUGGUCAGGACCUUGGUCUCUGCGAUGCCCUCACAGCAUAUACUGCCGCCUGUCAGGAAGCUGGCAUCCCUGUGAAGCUUUGGAGGGGACCCAAGCUUUGCCCUCUGACUUGUCCGCCUCGGAGCCACUACAGCAUCUGUGCACGGACCUGUGAUGGGGGCUGUGUCCAGCCUACCAGCCCUGCUCACUGUUCUACCCAAUGCUAUGAGGGCUGUGAGUGUGACCCUGGAUUCAUUUUUGACGGCACAGACUGUGUGUCUCAGGACCACUGCGGCUGCUUUCACAGAGGACGCUACAUCCCUGUUGGGGAGGCACUGAUCCUGCCUGGCUGCCAGGAACGCUGUAUAUGCUUGCAUGGUCAAGGCCUCCAGUGCCAGCCCUUCUCCUGCCCACAGGGCACAGACUGCAUCCUGGAUGGGGGUGUGCGGUGGUGUGAGCCCAGGGAGGGUGCUACAUGUCGCCUAGUGCCCGGGGGCCUCUUCACCACCUUUGAUGGCUUCAGUGGGCUCACACCCAUUCCUGUUAUGUCCUGUGCCUAUGAGCUAGCCACAUUGGUGGGUUCCAGGCCCCAGGAUCCUGACUGGUUCCAUGUCAUUGCUGACUUCCUGCCCUGUCCUAGCUGCACUGCUCUCAAACCACGAGUGAUCAUCGGCUUCAGGGAUGGCUGUGCAGCUGUGGGAACCAAUCAGGAAAUAUGGGUGAAUGGACAACCCGCCAGCCUCCCGGCGCAAGUGUGCAGGGGCGUGGUCGUACGCUGGGCUGAGGGCUCCCGAGUUGUUAUCGAGCGGUCCCCCGUGCUGCGGGUGCUGGUGGGGCCCGAGGGGGCUGUGUCCCUACGGGCCUCCCCCGCGCUACGAGGACGCCUCCGGGCAGCCUGCGGGAACUACAACGGAAUUGCAGCCGACGACCUGAUACUCCCAGGAGAACUCCGGGAUGCCAGCCUAGUCGACGUGUUCCAGGCGUGCCGGGUUCGGGGCUUCAACAACUGCACGGAGAAGCUUGUUCCACCGUCUCUCUGAUGGUCUUCCCACAGCACGGAGAAGCUUGUUAUUCCAGCCGUGACCCAACACUUCACCGCCUGACGCCGUACCUCAGCGUGUGCCCAGGGCUGGGACUCGUCCACCACCCCCACCCCCCCACCCCCUCGACGCACACCUGCCCUGGGGAUGGGAACCCACGGACCUUCCUGAGAUUGUUUUAAUAAAUAAUUUAUGACCAAAA